AACUCUACUAAACCCUCCCUUAAAAGAAAAACUCCAAUUACACCAUCAUCAAUUCAUCAUCUGUUCUCUCUCACUCCUCUCUCAAACCCUAGCCAGAUUCACCCAAACACAAUGCCGUUACACACCCCUCAGAAAACCCCGUCCAGCUCAAAAUCCACAAUGCCAAACACUCCCCAACCAAACUCCCUCAGAAGAUCUCCCAGACUGACCCCACCACCCCCUGCCGCCGCGGCUACCAAAUCGCCGGCCAAAAAGCGACCGCCGUCAAGUUCCAAAAACGCCCUGGCCCUGACGCUGCAUGCGUCGGCAAACAAUCUGGACCCCGCAUUUGUGGCCGAGAGUUGCUCGCCUACGCCGGGCCUGAGAAGAUCUCCGAGAUUGACUUCGACACCGCUGAUCGUUGAGAGCCUAUUGGUGCUACAUUCCAGCGCUUUGGACGCGCCGGCGAUGGAUUCGGGCCCCGCAUUGUCCGCCGACAAGUGUUCGUCGAGCCCCGCCACGAAGAAGUACAGAGGCGUAUAUGAGCUCAAGUCGCUUGGUGCAUUGCCGGCGAUCAAUUCGGGCUCCGCAUUGUACGCCGGGAAGUGUUUGUUGAGACCCGCCUCGAAGAAGUACAGAGGUGUACAUGAGCUCAAAUCGCUUGGUGCAUUGCCGGCGAUCGAUUCGGGCCCCGCAUUGUCCGCUGAGAAUUGUUCGUCGAGACCCGCCUCGAAAAAGUACAGAGGCGUAUUUGAGCUCAAAUCACUCGGUGCAUUGUCUCCGGUUGAGAAACGGGAGAGUGUCGGGAGCGGUUUGGAGAGAGGUGGUUCGGAUGGGAAGCGGCUGAGGUCUCGGGAGGUCCGGUUUCGCUUCGGUGAGAGGGAGAGUGAUGAUGGCGAGUCGGGUUUGGUUGAAUUGCUCGGUGAUUCGAUGGAGAAGAGGAAGCCGAAGAAGAUAAAGACGCGUCCUUCUUCGGAGAAGGAGAUUCCUAAGACGAAAUCUACCACAUGUUUCUUUGUUGGAGAGCCGGUUGCGGAGGAAGAAGCUCGAGAAAGGUGGUCUUGGAGAUACGAGUUGAAGAGUAAAAAUACUAAGUGCCAAAGCUGGAAAUUAAAUGAGGGGGAGGAGGAUGAAAUUAUUUUGAAUGUGGAUUGCCACUAUAGUCAAGCUCAAGUUACCAGUUGCAUAUUCAAUCUUGGGGAUUGUGCAUACAUAAAGGGCGAUGGAAGCCAAAAACAUGUUGGCAAGAUUUUGGAAUUUUUCAAGACAACAGACGGCGACGAUUAUUUCAGGGUUCAGUGGUUUUUUAGAGCUGAAGAUACGGUUAUGAAGGAGGAAGCCGCUUUCCAUGAUCAGAAGCGCCUCUUCUAUUCUACUCUAAUGAAUGAUAAUUUAUUAGAAUGCAUUAUUUCUAAACUCAGUGUCGUUCAAAUUCCUCCAACGCUAGGUUUUCAACCAAAUUCUAUUCAACCAUCUGAUUUUUACUAUGAUAUGGAGUACUGUGUAGAAUAUUCAACAUUUCGCACCCUGCUCACUGGCAAACCUGUAAAUACAAUGAUCAUAUUUUCUAGGAAGACUGCAAAACCUCUUGGGUUCACCUUUGAGUUUGAUGACUCUGCAGAGAGCUCUAACUUAACCACCCCCGAUGAUUUCGAGGCUUUCUGUGCCAUGAUCACUGCAACUCCUUUGGAGGAAAUGGCCAAUUGCCAACCUUACAAAGCUGACUUGGCAUUAUUAGAUCUUUAUGCUGGUUGUGGUGGAAUGUCGACUGGAUUUUGCCUAGGUGCCAAACUUUCAAGUGUGAAUCUUGUGACGAGAUGGGCAGUUGAUGCUAAUAAAUCUGCAUGUGAGAGCUUGAGACUAAAUCAUCCUGAAACGCAAGUUAGGAAUGAGACAGCUGAAGAUUUUCUAGAACUUGUGAAAGGAUGGGAAAAGCUAUGCCAAUGGUAUGUGUUGAGUAAUUUAGAUCCAACACAUGAAUCUAGAGCAGAAGACACUACAGAAGUCAAAAUCAAUGAAUAUUCUCCAUCUGAUGUUAAGAGUCGUCCUGGAGAAUAUGAAGUACUGCGCCUGGUUGAUAUUUGUUACGGAGAUACCGGCAAAAGAGGCAAACGUGGGUUAAAAUUUAAGGUACGCUGGAAGGGAUAUAGCUCGGAUGAUGAUACAUGGGAACCAAUUGAAGGAUUGAGUAAUUGCCAAGAACGGAUACAAGAUUUUGUCAGAAGUGGAUUUAAAUCUAAGAUCUUGCCACUUCCGGGCGAUGUUGACGUGCUCUGUGGGGGCCCACCAUGCCAAGGAAUUAGUGGCUAUAAUCGCUUCAGAAAUAUUGAUUCCCCACUGGAUGAUGAAAGAAAUCAUCAAAUUGUUGUCUUUAUGGACAUAGUGAAGUUCUUAAUGCCUAAGUAUGUAUUGAUGGAAAAUGUCGUCGACAUUUUGAGGUUCGACAAAGCUUCUCUUGCAAGAUAUGCUCUAAGUCGUUUGGUAGACAUGAGAUAUCAAGCGAGGCUUGGAACUAUUGCUGCUGGUUGUUACGGUCUUCCACAAUUCCGGUUGCGUGUUUUCUUGUGGGGUGCUCUUCCUUGCGAGAAACUACCCCAAUUUCCACGUCCUACUCAUGAUGUUGUAGUUAGAUAUUGGCCACCAUCUGAGUUUGAGCAAAACACUGUUGCGUAUGAUGAAGGCGAACAUCGUGAACUUGAAGAAGCCGCUGUUCUUCGUGAUGCCAUCUCUGAUCUUCCUGCGGUCACUUGGCAUGAAAAACGAGAGCAGAUGGCAUACGAAAAGCCUCCAGAAACAGAGUUCCAGAGAUAUAUAAGGUUAACCAAAGAUGAGAUGAUGGGAUUUUCAAAAGGAAUUGAAGAUGCAAAAAAGCCUGUGUUAUAUGACCAUCGACCUUAUCAAUUGAACGAGGACGAUUAUUUACGAGUUUGCCAGAUUCCACAUAAAAAGGGAGCAAAUUUUAGGGACCUCCCUGGUGUGGUAGUUGGACCAGACAAUGUGGUACUUCGAGAUCCAAAAAAGGAGCAAAUGAUGUUACCAUCAGGAAAGCCAAUGGUUCCAGAUUACGUCUUCACUUUUGAACAAGGGAAAUCAAGAAGACCAUUUGCAAGAUUAUGGUGGGAUGAGACGGUGCCAACCGUUGUUACUUUUCCUAGUCUUCACAAUUCGGCAGCAUUACAUCCAGAGCAGGACCGACCCCUAACAAUACGGGAAUAUGCCAGGCUGCAAGGCUUCCCUGAUUUCUAUAGGUUCUGUGGGACUACUAAAGGAAGGUACCGUCAAGUUGGAAAUGCCGUGGCUGUUCCCGUUGCACGAGCCUUAGGCUAUGCCAUGGGAAUGGCCUCCCAAAAGCUAGGUGGAAACGAACCCCUCAUGACCCUACCAUCCAAGUUUGCGUUACAAAGAUUCCCAACUGAAGAAAUUCUUUCAAUGCGACCACAAUAAGACUAAUUGUUCUAUGCAGUUCUUUGACAUAAUGCGGCAGUGAUAACGUCAAAGCUGUCAUGGUGUUGAACCAUGUUUCCUCUUCUCCAAUUUGGUAGCUGCUCGCAUAAAGGUCUCCUAGCAUGGAACCCUUUAGUGAGUCAUUGUUCAUUGCUGAUUAUGUAAACUUUCUGUACUCUGAUUAGAAUGUUUAGACAGCAUAAUUUAGAUAUUUUUUCCCAGUCUACUGAUAAUGCUAAAUGCGGCUCUGGUGGGUGAAGAUUAUGGUAGAGGGAUCAACCAGGGUGAGAAGGUUGAAAAACCUAGCUAAAUCACUGGUAAAGUACACUGAUUUUAGAUCUGUAUGCUCACUUUCUUGUCAAAUGUUUUCAGCUAAUCCAAAUAAAAUUCUGGAUCCUC